UUCAAAGGAGCGGCCUACAUAGCCACUAAAACAAUAUGAGAACCAAGCCACGGCUGAACAAUCAACGAGAGGCGAAUUUCUACUGGUUCUAACGUUAUAUAGGAAAAGUUGGGGACCCAAAGUGAGAUAUACCGUCUAAAAUCCUGAGUCAAGAGCCAAUCAUCAUCAGAGAGAGAGCUGUUAGAAAACGCAGGAUGAUGGCGUCGAACACAACAAAAGUCAUCAACGUUUGCCCAGUGUGCCUGGAUUCCAAACCACUGAAGAUAGUUGGCCGAUGCAAGCACUGUUUUUGUACUGAAUGCAUCUUGAUCACUCUUGGAAGCCAUGAAGGUGACGAGUUUCCCUGCCCGACGUGUAAGGUGGAGUGCCCUCGCCCGUGGGACGGUGUCAACGGCAUGGUCGAUUUCACCGGGGAGGACGUGGCAGUUGUGGACACUGUGGUGAAAACUGGGCGAAAAGGAGGAUCAGGGGAGAAAGAGCUUCAACCAAUGGGUAGAAGGAAGGCUGGGGCAGAAACAGAACGCCCUCCGAACAAAAGAAGAGGACUAGGGAACGGAGAAAAGAGAGAUGGAAACAAAGCGGGUCAUACCAUGGAUGUAAAAUGUACGAUCUGUCACCACAAGAAGAAGGAGGUCCAAGCUGUGAACUUGUGCGUUGAAUGUGGCAACCUUCAUAUCUGCGAGGAGUGCACAAAGGUCCAUGCGAGGAAUAAAGCGACGCAGGGACAUGUCGUAGUGCGGCUAAGGCAGGAUGCAAUGUGCAAGAAACACGACUCCUCCUUGAACAGUUUUUGUAAUGACUGCGGAACAGCUGUGUGUAUGGUCUGUGUUAUGCUUGACCAUGGGGAGCACACCGUGGAAAAGCUUGUGGAUGUUGUUGACAAAAAGGUUGCUGAAAUGAAAGUCACUUUAGAAAAAAAGCAGGAAAAGCUUAAAGAUCUCAAGGACUUGAAGAAAGACUUAGCACAACUGAAACUAAUGGUGCCUGUGGUUGACAAGCAGGAUAUUUUGAUCAAAGAAAUUGAGGAUCAUGCCCAGAAGUGUAUCGAACAAAUCACAAAAUGGAAGGCGGAGUUGAAAGAACAGGUCAAGGUGGACUACAAAGUUGUCAAGGACAUUCCAGUUGGAUUUGAGAAGUUGUCAGAGAUGGUUGAGGAACUGCAGGCGCCCACUGAGAGAGCAGGGAGACUGCUUACAGAGACUGAGUAUGACCCGGAAUAUCUUUACAAACUGACUGCAUUGAAGCAGGAGAUGGAUGCUAUGGUUGAUGGAGAGGGUGACAUUGAAGAAAAGGGGUAUAGAAAACAGCUACGUGUGCUACAUCGAAAACACCACACCUUUUUUCCGAAGGAAAUACCUUUGAGUUUUGGGAGAUCAGACUGUGCUGAUGAAGAAGAAGAAGAAGAAGAAGAUGAAGAAUACUUAUAUGGAUAUGAUUCUACGGAAAUCUUCAAGAAGACCAUGCAAGUGUCUUCAGAGGAUAUGUUUAUUCCAUGUGUAGCAAACCUUGGUCAAAUGUUUGCAGUCGCUCAUCCAACAAGAUUAGGGGAACCAUCAUUGGCCAUAGACAUCUACAAACUCCCUGGCACCCUAAAACGCACCUUCAAGGAUCACGUCCCCCCGCUGUAUGACAUGUCGUCCACUCCCGAUGGUAAACUUGCUGUACUUUCCAACGGUACAGGAGGCACUGGAUGCAGCGUCAAACUGUUUGAUCCAGACGCUGGUUACAUCAGCUCCACCCGUGAUAUCGACAUAACAGAACCACUUUCCCUUGGUGUGACCCUACAACACCAGUACGUCAUCCUUGGAGGGAACAAAGAGGGGCAGAAAGUUAUCACUGUUGUUGACAAGAGUGGUGUUGUGGAACAUACACAUAAAAUGUACAAAGACUCCAAGGGUGAAUCUGAUGCAGCCUCCACUGUUGCAGUACAUAUCCCCAAAAGGAUAACAUGCGGGGGAAGAUUCGUCUUCGUCACCGGGGACGACUAUACGGCUGCUUAUGAGAUCACAGACACAGAAAUACAUGUACAUAAGACGGUUGUAGUCAAUCAGAAAGUCAAAUACAUAGAUAUCUCAGCAACAAUAUGGGACGAUUUCUUUUUGUUUUUUGUUAAUUUUGAUAAGGUUUGGAUGAGCAUGCACAAGUUGGAUACGGAUGAUGUGAGCAAGAGUGAGUGGUAUCCCAGAGGUGGGAGCAUAAUAUGUGAUCUUGAGCCUGGAGAUGAAAGACCAAUAAGGUUCUCUGCUGGAGAUACUCACUUCGUUAUGAGUCAUGGUCAAACAAUCAGGGUGUACAAGAUUCAACAACGUUUGUUAAAAAUUUGAAAUCUGUGAUUGAAUUUGAAAAUUCAAAUUGUAUAAAUGCAUACUGAAUAUAAAUUUCAACAAUGCCAGCGUUGAGACACAUACAAACACUAAACAUACCAAGUUUCAGCAUAUUUGCCUGCACAAUAACUGCACUAUGGCAUUGUGUAUAACUGCAUUUCUAUUUUCCUGACGUAUGAUUAAAUGCAACGGUGUACCCCUUACAAACAACCUUGGGACUGACAAUGCUGUCCUUAAUAGAGAGGUGUCCUGAUAACAGAGGUCAAGUUGUACAGAAAUGGCCCAUUUCUUAUCUAUGGUUGACAAGCAGGAC